AUGGUUUAUGAGAAAGAACUUUUGAUUGCCCAAUUGGCAGUACAAAGAGCAGCAAUUGCUUCUAAAUUGAUCCUUAAAGAUUACAGUAAACUUUAUGCCUCGAAAACCAUCACCAAAGAAGAUCAUUCGCCAGUGACCAUUGCUGAUUUUGCAGUACAAUCAAUCAUAAUAUCGUCGAUCACCCAGUUUUUCCCUAAUGACAAGUUUAUGGCCGAGGAGUCUUCGGAUGAUUUGGAAACCAGAAAAGACUUGGUCUCGCUAAUUUUGAAGUAUUGCAAACAGACCGAUAUCGAGUUCAGACAACGGAAUUUGCACCAGUUUCAAUUCGAGCCGAUUGUCGAAGGAUCGCAAAUCAUUGAAAGUUUGAAUAAAGGUGGGUACGAAGGGGGCAAAGAUGCCCGGUUUUGGGUGUUGGAUCCCAUCGAUGGGACAAAAGGGUUUUUAAGAAACGACCAGUUUGCAUUAUGUUUAUCGUUGAUGGUUAGCAAUAAGAUCAGGGUGGGGAUCAAUGGAUGUCCUAACUUGCCGGUGAAUAUUAAGAAGAUCAUCGAGACCCACGAUUUUGGUAAAUCCAACUUCAAUUUGAAUGAUUACUUGAAACAAAACCCAAGUACUGCCAAAGGGUUGUUGUUCACCGCGAUGGAAAACAAGGGAUCAUACGUCCAAGAGUUGUUUGAAGAUAUCAAGGCGCCAUUUGAUCUGCAAACUGAAAGAAUUUUCAUGAAUAACAAUUUGCCAUCGAUCAAGGAAAACGUUAUUGUAGAAGGGGUAGAGACCAAGCAUUCGGAUCAUGAGCUGCAGUCACAAAUUAAGAAACUUUUGGGGAUCUCUCCUAACAGAACUGUGAACUUGGACUCACAGUGUAAAUAUAGCUUGUUGGCGUACGGGGUUGCCAAUAUGUACUUGAGAUUGCCAUUCAGUAUGGGUUAUCGUGAGAAAAUCUGGGAUCACUCAUCAGGGUAUUUGUUGGUUAAAGAGAGUGGUGGGGUGGCUACAGAUAUGAACGGGGUUGACUUGGACUUCACUCGUGGGCGAUACUUGGAAUCAAAGGGAAUUAUUGCUGGAAGCAAACAAUUCCAUGGACAGUUUAUUCUGGCAGUGAAGGAGCUGGUAAAGUUGUGA